AUGUUGAGGCAGCUGACUGUAUAUCUGGAGAGGAGCAACCUGAUGGGGGAUAUGCAGCAUGGUUUCAGGAAAGGCAGAUCUACCACCUCUGCAGUGCUUUCAUUGGUCGAAAGAAUACAUGUGGCUUUUGAGGAGCACAAAUCGGUUGACCUUGUGUUGUGUGGCCUGACCAAAGCCUUCGACUGUGUGUCACACAACAUCCUGCUGGACAAGUUACAUAGGUAUGGCAUCAGGGACAGUGCAUGGAGCAUGGUGGCAGACUAUCUAAGUGACAGGAGGCAGGUUGUGUCGGUGAUGGGUGCCACUUCAGAGGAAAGGAGAGUAACACAUGGAGUUCCUCAAGGAUCUGUGCUUGGGCCACUGUUAUUUCUCAUACUCAUCAACAAUCUCCACCUACAGAAUUCUAGUCUGCUGUAUGCUGAUGAUACUACCAUAGUUGGUAAGGGCAGUGGACCUCUGGAAGCUAGAUGCUGUGCACAGGAGCUGUUUUCCGUAGCUAAAGAGUGGUUUGCUGCAAACAAACUCAAGUUGAACGAGGCCAAGACACAGGAGAUGCUUUGUACUCUAAGCACCCACACUCCAGGGGAUGAAGCAGUCACUUUGCUUGGCUUUGGAAUUGAUGCCAAAUUAAGUUGGGAGCCGCAUAUUGACCAGGUAUGCAGGAGACUGUCUAGAGUAAUCUUCCUGUUCAGAAAGCUGAGAAGCCUCCUGAGUCUUAAGAGACUUCUAAUGAUGUAUCAUGCGGUGUUUGGCAGUCAUGUGCAGUAUGGAAUUCUUCUCUGGGGCCAUUCUCCACAUGCCAAUGACAUCCUGCUUCUUCAAAAGAAGGCACUGCAGAUCCUUACCUACAGUGACUUCAUUGCCCAUUGUCAACCCAUCUUCAGACGCCUGAAAGUGCACACCGUCUUUGGGCUGUAUAUACUGGCCUCUCUUACUGCAGUGAAGAUAAACAGGGCUAACAUGAUGAGUAGGUGUCAGGUAGUCUGUAGAAGUAGCGUAAAGCUGUUUUCUCAUAGCAUAACCGCGUUCUCUGGAGGCGCACUCUGGGUCUCUCCAGAUAGCAUCUUGCCGAAGGCCAUAUGUGAGAUUUGCAAGAAAACCGUUGACGAUUGGGAGAGAUUCAAGGAACAGAGUCUGAGAGUGAACACUUCGCUGCAGCAAUUUCUCGAUAAUCACAAGUCUGCUCAAUAUAUUGAGAGUCUCGAGCCUGGAGGUGACAAAGAAUCCGAUAAGGGGCAACGAGUUGAAGAAGAACAGCUGUCAGACAGGGAAGCACCAUUGUCUCCUAGCUCAGACAUAGAGCAUAACUAUUUCAUCAGUCUAUCGCCCCCAACAUCUAGUUCUAAAACUGUCAUAAAGGAGGAUGCAGAUUCUGGUGUUGGCUCUAGAAAAAUGGGACGGUCAAGAGGUAAGAAGAUUGUCAAAAAGAGAAAGAGAAAGGUAGUGAAAGACGAAGUGAAGGAUGAUGAUAUUUCAGAUAUAGAUGAACCAAAUGAUGAUGAUGAGAAUUUUGAACCCACUUCGUCCAAGUGGAAAUUGAUGUACGAUCGUUAUCAGAGAAAGAAGUAUGUGUGUGGGGUGAAUGGUUGUGAUAAAGCUUUCAGUCGUUUCUGUGAUCUGACGAAGCAUGACCUUUCCGACCACGCUGAUGUGGCUCUCGACGUCACGUGCCACGUGUGUGGAAAAAUAUUCAUCUCCGACGACCGACUGCAAAUCCAUGUCAACAUAUAUCACGGCGAGAAAAAGUUCUUGUGUGAAGGGUGCGGCGAUAAGUUUUCGACCAAAGAUUCGUUACGAGCCCACAAGCGAAGACAUUCUGGUCAAUUUGUGUGCCAGUACUGUGGGUUGGCGACCAAUUCGAAUAGUGGCUUGAUUGAGCAUAUGCGCACACAUACUGGCGAAAAGCCAUUCGUUUGUGAUAUCUGCGGACAGAAGCACACAACCAAAAAUGGACUGAACGCGCACAAACGAGGCCACACCAAGGAACAUCUAUUUAAGUGCAAUGUGUGCGGCUACUCGGCUGCCAAUCAAAGCUCCAUAUACAUGCAUAGAGCCACACACAGCACCGACAAGCCUUGUAUUUGUGAGACGUGCGGCAAAUGCUUCAAAAUACCGGCGCGUCUAGCCGAGCACAAGAAAAUUCACACAGGAAUAAAAAAAUUCGUGUGUGAAGAUUGCAACAUGUCGUUCCUAACUCGCUAUCAACUCACUCAACAUUCCCGCGUUCAUUCCGGUGAGAAACCGUUCAAAUGUGAAUUGUGCCAGAAGAGUUUUGCGAGGCGUGAUAAUUUGAAGGAGCACUCACGAACCCACACACGCGAGAAGCGAUACACGUGCGAGCGAUGCCUGCAGACAUUCUCGUUUCGAAAGAGUUUGAACAAGCAUGAAUGCGGCGAGCAGGUGGCAACCAUCAGCGAAACAAUGAACAACCAAGUGCUUCUUUAUGUUCAGCUAUAGUACAGUAUUAUUCAUUAUUCCCGUCGCUAUUUGCUGCCUAAAACCGGUCGUUGGAGUGACCUGAUGGACUUGAGACCUGAGCCAGUUAGGUCAGAACCACCCUUAUCUAUCAUACUUUUUUCAAAUACUUGUGUUCUCUCAUUUAAAGGAUAUUUAUUCAAAAAUGCAUCCCUAUUUUCAAGAUAAUUCUAGUUGUAGGAUUGUAUAUUCUUAUCUACAACUGGUUUGUGGAAAAGCAACAGUAGUGGUGAAUAAGUCAGGCCAAUCUUCUAUGAGACUAGUAAUUUGACUGCUAUAGUCCAUACAAAAUUACUUUUGACUUGGAGGACAUGCGCAGCAGAGAAAGGUGGAUAUACAGCGGCUAAACAGCCUUCUCUAAUUUCUAGUGAGUGUUCAAGAUACACAUACGAAGUUUCCUCUCUGAAAUUACUGAGUCGACCUAGUCUAAUCGACAAAUUGGCAACUGCACUUCUAUCUUUGACUAUUCAUCACUGUAAUUGGUUGAUCUCCCUCCAUUUCUCUACUCUGCAUAUUCCUCAAAGUCAAAGGUAAUUUAGUCUACCAUUACUGUACUUCCUAUGUUUCGUUUUGUUAUUUUGUGUUAACUGUAGUGUUUCCAUGGGAUUAAUCCAUAAUCAAUGGAAUUUUAUUUUCUUGAACUUGAUCUCUUAUAAACUUAUUAAAUUUAUACAUCUAUCUAUAAUUAUAAUAUUUAUUUAUUUAUUAAUAUACAAAUACAAUAAAAUUAAGGUAAAAUUAAACCUUAAUUUGGAAUACACAGUCUAUAUUUUUGGUUUUACUCCAAAAAUAUUUAUAAAAUAAUAUAUAAAAUUUUUAUAUUCCAAAAUCCUAUACUACUAUUAAACGAGCAACUUCUGUUUAUAUAUUUAAAUGUUAAGAUGUUUGUAUGUUUAUAUUAUGGUUAAAGGUUAUGUAAAUGAUAACUUAAUUCACACACUAUUUUGAGUCCAUUUUUUUGGACUACUACUACAAUUUUGAAUUUAUCAGAUUAAUUAAUUUCAAAAUAGAAAUGCAAACAAAAAUCUUCCUUCGCAAUCACAAAAAAUAUUUUAAAUUUCACUUAAAUCAUUAGAAACUUAGUAAAUUUAUUGAAGCUCAAAAUGCAUCUUUUGAAAAAUUCUUAUACAUUAUAUUAAUAUAGUUUCAUAUAAGAUUUUUGGUUUUACUCCAAAAAUAUUUAUAAAAUAAUAUAUAAAAUUUUUAUAUUCCAAAAUCCUAUACUACUAUUAAACGAGCAACUUCUGUUUAUAUGUUUAAAUGUUAAGAUGUUUGUAUGUUCAUAUUAUGUUUGUAUUUCACCGGAUCUCGAAAACGGCUCUAACGAUUCACACGAAAUUCAGAACAUAGUAGGCUUAUAAUAUGAAGAUUCGAUUGCACUAGGUCUCAUCCCUGGGAAACCUCGGUGAAGAACAUUAAAGGAUAAUUUUAUUAUUAUUCAUCCUUGGAAAAACAGCUGAUAAUAAUUAUUUCGUCGUCUGUUGGUGAUGGAAGUGAGUAAGCGAGUUCAUGUGUGUUGGACUGUGUCAAAAUUAUCACUCAGCUGUUGAAAUUUUGUAAUCAUUCAAUCAGGUACUUAGUCCCGGUUGUAAAAAAGCCGGGUUAUUUUCAAUCUUGAUUAAUUCUAGUAGAUCCAUCUUUUUGGAAUGGCCUUCUCUGAUUUGGUUCACGUGAAGUUAUAAUCAGGAUUAAAAUUUAACCGGCUUUUGUUCAAUCGGUCCUUUGUGAGGGAAAUUUUUGCAUUCCUCUGGAAAUUAAUCUCAAUAUUUACUGUUAUUAGAUAGAACAUUUCUGUAUGAAUGUUAUUAUAAUUUCUUCUUUCGUAAUAAAUUUUUUAUGCUUUUUUACUCCAGAGCGAAGCUCGGUCCCCGAUAUUAAUAGUUAAUUCAAGAUAUUAUAAUUUUCAAAAAAAUGUCUCUUUUUUGUCAAAAUUUAUAUGAAACACCAUUAAAUUUUUUUAUCAAAUA